AUGCAAAAGCAAAAAAUAGGUCGCCUGGACGACAAUGACCUGUUCCUCCGGGACACGGAUUACAAUCGCGUGCAAAAUGGCCGAUACUACAAACUCCAGCUCGCAGAUGGGCGUGAGCUGGGCAGUAGGCCGUUGAUAGAAAGUUCGGAAACAAGCAGUCUUAUAACCGUCGGCCCAGCGAACAGCGGUGAUCUCUUCCGCAUUCACGAUUCUGAGUGGCCAUCCAACGAAGCGCGGAUUCUUUUCAUGCAAGACCAGUGGAAUCCGGCGUCAAACUUGGACAAGGCGGUUGCUAGGUCCAGUGAUGGUAGACUUGGUUGGAGUUCAUCGCAAUAUGACGGUGUCCAGAUCUUUGGUGUGAGAAACAAUGGGCACAACUUCAUACGACUGAUGUAUGAGAGCAGCUCCGGGAAGAAUGAUCGUCGGUUAUGGGUUGCAGAGCUGGAUGGCGACUCGGGCCGUAACAUUGUGCGCACUUCACACGGAGGCGCUCUUACUUUUGAAGUCUACUUUAUGUAUGCCUGCGAUGUAGAUUUUUGA